AUGGGUGGAUGCAGCACGACGAAGGGUUACCGCAUGUUUCGUGUACCGUGGAACGUAGAAAGUCGAAAAAGGUGGGCGGCAGCGAUCGGUAGACUGGGCAGAGAUGGAAAGCUCUGGAUGCCAUCAACCAACAGCCGACUCUGCAGCGAGCACUUUGUCCACGGAUGCAGCAGCCACGACCCAGGAAACGUGGAUUACGUUCCGAGCGUAUUUCGUCACAGCCAGAAACUUAGCGAGAAAUGUGACAAGAAGAUUGAAAGCUACAAGCGCCGGUCGCGCGUUGCCCAGAAGCUGGCAAACCCUCUUGCUUUCGAAGCAUCGUCCUCAAGUACCACUGAAGAAUGUGUGACAUCAGAGAAUGACGUGGAAGACAUGGAAACUGAUGCCAUGCCGCCAUCUCUUCCAAAUUCCAAUGUGCUGGACGCAGAGGUGCAGACUGUUUCGUGUGGGACCCUGUGCACAUCCUGCAACAUUUUGCACACGAAAGUGGACACACUGACGCAACGCAUACAGGAACUGGAAGGUGCCAACAAGGAGCUUUCUGCACAGUUGGCAGAGCAACACAAUGUGAAAUAUGAAACCAUUUAG